GCGGAGAGCCCGAGGUAGCCUAAUGAUGGAUUUUGAUGAGCGUGUUCCUUGUUCCUCUAACAUGUAUUUGCCAAGUUGUACUUACUACGUCUCGGGUCCUGAUUUCUCCAGCCUCCCUUCUUUUCUACCCCAGACCCCGUCUUCUCGCCCUAUGACAUAUUCCUACUCCUCCAACCUGCCCCAGGUCCAACCUGUGAGAGAAGUUACCUUCAGGGAGUACGCCAUUGAUCCCUCCAGUAAAUGGCAUCCCCGGAGCAAUCUGCCCCACUGCUACUCAGCGGAGGAGAUCAUGCACAGAGACUGCCUGCCGGCUACCAACACGGCCAGCGUGGGCGACAUGCUCGCCAAGAACUCGGCCAACGUCUACCACCACCCCACCUCCACCGUCUCCUCCAAUUUCUAUAGCACGGUGGGCCGGAACGGCGUCUUGCCCCAGGCUUUCGACCAGUUUUUCGAGACGGCUUACGGCGCCCCGGAAAACCUCAGCUCCUCGGACUACCCGGGCGACAAGCCCGGAGAGAAAAUGCCUCCGGCGGCGACCGCGGCCGCCGCCACAACUUCAAGUUCGGACGGCGGCUGCGGCAGGGACGCGGUGGCUUCGGCGGCGGCGGCGGCGGCGGCGGCCUCGGCGGCCUCGGCGGCGGCCUCAGCGGCGGCCUCGGCGGCCUCGGUGGCGGCGGCCGAGGAGAAGGACCGGCGGAGAAGGACCGAGAGCAGCAGCAGCCCCGAGUCAUCUUCCGGCAACAAUGAGGACAAAUCCAGCGGCUCCAGUGGACAACGCACCCGUAAAAAGCGCUGCCCCUACACCAAAUAUCAGAUUAGAGAGUUAGAGAGAGAAUUCUUCUUCAGUGUCUAUAUUAACAAAGAGAAACGCCUGCAGCUCUCCCGAAUGCUCAACCUGACCGACCGUCAAGUCAAAAUAUGGUUUCAAAACAGAAGAAUGAAAGAAAAAAAAAUUAACAGAGACCGAUUACAAUAUUACUCUGCGAACCCACUACUCUAAAACAAAAAAGCUCGUUCUCCAGGUUUGUUUGGGUUUUUUUUUUUUGGAGAUGAGAUUAAAUUCAUAUUUCGCCCUUGACACUGUCGAGACACAGGGUUAUUUUUAAAAAGGUGUGUAACUGGCCGGGACGCUGGGAACCAAAGUUCCCGUCGCAGAGCAUCAGCUGGGGACUGGGUUUGCUAUUGUUAUUAUUGUUGUCUUGAUAUUUACAUAUCAACUGGAUCCAUUGGAUUUUGGCCCUCGUGGCUUCCAUUUCCAGCAGGCCAGCCCCUCUACCGCUCUCAGAACCCGGUUCAUACCUCUUACUUUGAUAGACACUGCAGUCUUAAACUGAGAAGGUUUCUAAAGGGCGGAUAAAGCCAGUCAGAACAUACUUAGCUAUCCAGUUCUCCUGUCCCUCGUUCCAGAGAGAGGAAUGGCCUGUGUACGUGAACCCCUCAGCUCCAGCGUACACGUGGAGGACCACUGCAAAAUUCAACUGGGGGGGCGGGGAGGAGAGAUAAUCUUUGGACGGAAAAAGGGGACAGGGAAGGGGAAAUUCCUGUCUUAGAGCAGUGCCCCGUUUACCCCCUCCCCUCACCCCCCCCCCCCCAAUGACUGAAGAAAAAACAAACACGAAUUCUUUCAGAAGGCCAAGGUGGAGAAUGUGUACGGAUUUAGUUACUGAUAUUACCUUUUCUAUCGAGAAGAAGGAGAAAAUGACCAUAAUGAAACCCUUGAAAUGGAUUUCAUUCAGGUAAAGAUGUGCCCGAUCCCUUUGAAAACAAAAGCGAACCCAUAACCAGUAUGGUAGCCCCAGAGUUUACCCUCCCGUUCAAUUUCUAUCAACAGUCCAUGUGGGCUAAUGUUCGGAGACAAAUCAUGAUGCGUAUGUUAAAUCCCUGAACGAAAAUGGUCUGAGGGGACUUACUCUCCAAUUGGAAAGGGGAGAAAGAAAAGCAACUAACUUCCAAGCUUCUGGCUCGCAAGCUUUCUUCAGGAAAUACCUGUGGAGAGCGACAGUUUGGCAAAUACCACACAACACUUAAUUGAAACUUGGAUUUGUGCAAUGCACUAACAUCGGAUCAUUAAAAUAACUUUCAUCGGGUCGAGUUUUAGAAGGCAGAGAGAGAGGAAUUUAGCAACGUGCGCAGGGGCCAAAACAAUGUAAAUAUGGUCAUUCUGUUUUCAUAUGUUGUUGUGUCUACUUUAGAUGUCAUAAAAGCUCUACUUGAUGACUUCAGUCGGCAUCCACAAAGAAUGGAGAUUAGUUUGGAGUUAUUUUAAAAGAUAUAUAUAAAUAUAUAUAUAAUAAAUAUAUAUAUAUUUCCCUGCCGGAACCAAAGCGAUAAAAAUGCAAUUUAAAAAAAAAAGGAAAAAGAGAAGAGGAAAAUAUUUAAAAAUCUAUAUCUGUUUACAAAGGAAAUGAUGUUCUAUGGUUAGGGUCAUUUACUGUUAAGAAUAUUUGAAUGUAUGUUUCAUACAGGAACAGUGUUUUACAAGACUUGUAAAUAAAUAAAACCAUAACCUAUUUUGUUUGAAUACUUUUUUACAUUUUUUUUGUUUACUUUUGGGGACUGGAGGGAGGGGAUUAGGGGAUGGCCUUUUUUUUUUAAACUUGUGCUACACUUGAAUGGCGAUAAAGGAAUUUGGGAACAACCAGUUUAUCAAAUGGAUGUAGUUUCCUUCACACGGUUCACGAAAGGCAAUAUCUUUAUAUCCCAUCACUGUUUUAAGAAAUGUAUCAUCUCUAUGUAUGUACAGUGUUCUUUUCAUACGCGAACGAAUUGGGCUGCAUGUAUUCAUUGCAACAGGGCACAAGGAAAAUAAAAAAGUGGAAAAUUUA